AUGUAUCAGGAAGACAUCUCCCUUUCUCUGAUCCGUGAAGAUGGAAGUAAACCCAUCAGCAGCCUAGGCGCAGGUCUUGCAGAAGUUCAUCUUCAACAGAUGUCUAAAAAUCCAGAACUUACAAAAUACAAGAAACCCAACAAGUUUUUAGAGUUAGAUUAUGACUGUGCUCAAAUUCCAGAAGGAUCUGAAGAAGUGGCUGUACAGCCCCACAAGUAUGAUUGGAUGAAGUUCUAUGGGCAUUUCUCUCAGCAGGCACUGCCUCCAAGCCUUCAGAAGCCAGAUGCCCAGGGGCACACGGAGAAUUUUAGAAGACCUACAGAAUUAAGUCUCCAGGAGGCUAAAGUGAAAUCACUGGGUGCAUUGCGUUCCAGCAACAACUCUGGAAAAAAAGACAUUUUAGAUAGGAAGAAGAAAGAAACUAAAGCUAAGAAACGAGAAAGAACAGCUCUGAAGAUAGGUCCUCAUGCCUAUCGCCUCAUCAGUGUUGUCAACCAUCUUGGGAGUAGCCCACAUUCAGGCCAUUAUAUCAACGAUGUGUACAACUUUGAGAGGCAGCUCUGGUUCACCUUCAGUGAUAUGCAGGUAACAGUUUUGACAGAGGUCCCGAUGAAGGGCUGUAGGCUUUCCUCAGGGUACAUCUUCUUUUACAUGCACAAUGAGAUCUUUGAAGAGCUCUCGAGAAGGGAAGAGAACUCCCAGCUUUAUAGCACAAAAGCAGGGGAGAAGUCUCAGAAGGAGUAA